AUGGCCGUCAUGAACGAUGGAACAGAGAUUGUAGGUCAGACUACUACUGGAUUAAAGGGAUCCACAGAGGACCCUCGUCAUUCCCCAAAAAAGACUCCAAAGAAGUAUCCGUUGGAGAAUCUAUUCAGACUAUCACGACAUCACAACAAGAUGACUUUUGAAGAGCUGAGCAAAUUGCCCCGGCGAUACUGGAGGCGAGUGAAAUAUCCCGAUAUUUAUCAAACUUAUCCUCAAGAUGUUCCUCUACGAGAACUCGUUGCAGAUAUCAAAGCCGGUAGACCUGUUUCAGUGUUGCCUGAUUAUAAUUUUCCGCUGAAAAUUUUGAUAACCAGUAAAUCAGUCUGUACACCGAACUCUCAACACGACCUAAUAAUUGUUGUAAAAAGCGCAGUUAUUGCUUGGGACAUGCGAGCGUCUUUUCGGGAAUUCGUAAAUGAGCAGAAAGCACAGCACCCCAACUUGAAGAUUGGUUUAAUUUUCAGCAUGGGUUUGCCAAGACAACACGGUGGAAAGGUCUUUUCUCGUGAGGGUCACGCAAUCACUCUCAAAGGUCGGAUUGGAGAACUAGCCGAGUAUUUUGAUGGCAAAACGACGCAAACCAUGGAAUACGUGCUUCACGAAAUGGCACACUAUGACGAUAUCCUCUUAGCAGACUACGAAGAUACCUAUUUUAAUCUCACCUGGAAAACCGUCACGAAUUUGCGUUGGCUGUCUGCCUUUUGUGGCCAACGGAAUGGAGAUGUAUUCUUGGUUAUGGAUGACGACCAUAAGGUGAAUUUUACUUACCUGGAGACAAUACUGAAGACCUUGCCACCGGAAGUAAAAAGGAGAUCAAUUUUCGGGCUCAUUGGCAGAAGAGAUGCAGCUUAUAGAAAGGCCGAUGGAAAGAGGUACCUUUCAUAUCGCGAAUUUCCCUGGAACAUUAUGGCCCCGUACCCUCGCGGAUUUGCACAAUUAUUUGGGGCUGAAAUAAUCGACGAUUUGGCCAUUGGUUCAGCCUACACUAGGUAUAAUUACGCACCUGAAGAUGUCUACCUUGGAAUGCUGGCUUUGAAGUUGGGUAUUCAAUUGCGGAACAUGAACGAGAUGUAUGACCACUUUGACUUCAAAAGACGACAUAAAAAUAGGCAACCUGUUUUGAUAGCUUUACAGAGAUAUUUUGACGCUCUUGUAACCCUAUCUUGA